AUGGAUACGGAAAAAAACAAUAUUUUUAAUUGUGAUAUAUUAAUAUGUGGAACAAGUCUGUUGAACACCUUAUUAUCAGUUUAUUUUUCUAUUAAAAAUUAUAAAGUAAUAAAUAUUGAUAAAAAUAGUUAUUAUGGUGAUGUUAACUGUUCAUUAAAUUUUAAUCAAUUUGAAGAUGAAAAGAAGAAUUUAGAGAAUUUUUAUGAGGAAUUUAUACCCUUUUCAAGUUUAGAUAAAAGAAAAAAAAAACUCCUUAAAGAAAUAAUUGUGAAUUAUUUUCAAUUAAAUAACAAUAAGUUUAAUAUUGAUUUAAAUCCAAAAAUAAUAUACAAUGAAAGUAAUAUUGUUAAUUUACUGGUCAUUUUAAAUGCUCAUAUUUAUAUAAGCUUUAUAGGCAUACAAAACUUUUAUUUAACUUACAAAAAAAGUAAUAAAAUUGAGAAAAUCAUUAAAAAUGUAGAAGAAAAAGAUAAUGUAAAUGAUAAAUUAUUUACAUUAGGUAAAAUAAAAAAUAGUGUUAUGAAUGAAAAAGAGGAUAAAAAUAAAAAAUCAAAUGAAGUAAUUACAAUGAAUAAAAAUGAAAUAAUCAGUAAAAAUGAAGGGGAAAAAGAAAUGAAGAAAAUCAAUAAUAUAGUGAGCAAAGAUAUUGAUAGUAUUUGCACUAAAUCUAAUGAAGAUAAAGAUGAUUUAAUUAUACUAAAAAUCCCUUUGAAUAAAUCACAAGUUUUUCUAGACCCUAAUUUAAAUCUUAAUGAAAAAAGAAUGAUUAUGAAUUUUAUUUAUAAAAACAUUGACUAUGAUAAAAACUAUAGUUUCUCAAAUUUUUCUAAUCAUUCUUUUUUAAAAAAAUCAAAUACAACGCAAAAGGAAAUUUUUAAAAAUAAUGAAUAUUCUAUAAAUGAAGUAAAAAAUAACUCUAUUGAUAAUGAAAAACAAAAAAAUAUAAAUGGUGAAAAUAUUAAUAUUUUGGAGUAUUUAAGAACAUAUAAUAUUAAUGAUAAAAUAACUGAUUAUAUAGUAUAUGGUAUAGGUUUAUUCGAUUUACAAUUAAAAUAUAGUAAAAAUAUGAAUAUUUCAAAGUAUUAUUUAAGUGGUUAUACAAAAGAAAAAAUAUAUGUUAUGAAUAAAAAAGAGUUUUUACAGCGUUUGCAUAUUUUAAUAAAUUCUUUAAAUAAAUUUAAAUUACAAAAUCUUUUUGAGAAUGCUUUUAUUUACCCAUGUUAUGGAUUAAAUGAUAUUAUAUAUGCCUUGUCAAGAGUUUCCUGUCUAAAUAAUUGCAUAUAUAUGAUUAAUAGAAAAAUUCAAAAUAUAUUAUAUGAUGAUUUUUAUAUUAAUAAAAAAAAAAAAAAAAAAGACAAUACUUUGCAAAUAAAAGAAGUUAUCCUAGACAAUGGAUACAAAAUUAGAGCUAAGUUUUUUAUUUCAUCUGGAUCUAAUAUGAAUUUCAAUGAAAUGAAAAAGCAUGUUUUAAAAAAAAAAAAUAAAAAAAAUUCUAAACAAAAAAAAACUCAUAUAAGAACUAAUAGACUAAUAGUUAUAAGUACCUAUUCAUUGAUUGGUAAAAGUGGUCUUUCUUUUUAUAUACAUAAACAAAAGAAACCAGAAGAAAAAGAAAUGAAGGAUGAUAAUUCUUAUAUUUGUGUUCAUAUUUUGCAAUUAGAUUAUAAUAGUGGUUCUUGCCCUGUUGGCUUUUUUUUAACCUACUUUACUUAUUUAGAAAUUGAAGAGGAAGAAAAAAUUACAUAUGAUGACUCUAAUAUUUACAAAAACCAAGAAAAUGAGAACAAAAUAAAUAAUUCAAAAUUUCAGAAACCAUCAAAUUUUUUGUUACUACUUGAUGUGUUAAUAUUAUUUAUUAACAAAUACAAAAAUAAUAAUAAAUGUAUCGAUUUAUGCUUACCAAUAAAAGAUGUGUAUAAUGAAAAAUUACUCGAAAAAAUUAAAAUUUUUUUAAAUGAUAAAGAGUCAAAAAAAGAGCAAGAACUUGAUCUAAAUAAUGAAAUAAAAAAUGAAAAUAAUAAUAUAAGUAAUGAGGUUAAAGAUAUAAAAAUUGAAAAUAAUGACGAAAAAAAUGAGAUUAAUAAAAUGAAAAAGGAUUUUUUUAUAAAUUCUUUUAACGAUAUAUUGAGAAACGAAGGAAUUAUUUAUUACGCUUAUUAUGAAUACAAACCUAUUAUAUAUAGAAAAGAUACUAUAAAAAUUAUUAAUGAAAACAUAGAUUAUUAUAAAAGUAUAUUUGAAAAUAUACAAAAUGAAAAGGAAAAAGGAAACGAAAAUGAAGAAAUGAAAGAAAAAGAAAUGGAAAAAGAUGAAAUAAAUGAUAGUAAUUCUGAUGAAAUAAAUGAUAGUAAAUUUAAUGAAAUAAAUCAAAAAAAUAAAGAUGGAUAUAAGAAUUAUGAAUUUAAUCAAAUAAAUAAUUAUUAUAAUAAAAAUGAAAUUAUUGAAUUAAAAGAAAACAAAAAUAUUUGCAAUUUAUUAUUCACAAAUGACAUUCACAACUAUCCGAUUUACCCUAUGAUUGAAGAUGUAUCUAUGUUCUUUUAUAUAAUUAGUAAGAUUCAUAAAAGUAUUGAAAAAAAUCAAAAUGAAACAAUAUAUGAUACAUUUAAUGAUAUGAAAACCUUUUUUAAUUAUCAACCUAUAUAG